AUGUCUGAUCCGACAAUCCAAACCUUUUGCUGCCACCAUUCAGGCAAUAAAGAAGAUUUAGCUAUCAAAAUUAUGGACGAAUUUAAUACGGAAUCAUAUAACACGGUCUGUUUAGUUUCUUCAACGAUUGGAAUUUUAGGCUCCCUCUAUCAGAUUAUACCAAGAAAUGCGUCGUGUUCUUCGAAUGGUUAUGGGGCACAAAGUUUAACAACUACUCGAGGGCGUCACAUCAUAAUCUGGUUAGCUGUAGCAGAUUUACUGGCUUCUCUAGGUGUUCUAGUCAGAUCAUCUCUGUGGUUACAAUACAAAAACAUUAUGCCAAUGCCCAAUGAUGAUGUUAGCGUUUUGUUUUGCAGUAUAAUAUCUGCUUGGACUCAAUAUUUCUAUACAGCUACUUGGUUCUGGACAAUGUUCUAUGCUGUAGAUACUUGGAAUUCAAUUAGAGGCAAUAACACACAUCCAAUUCUCUAUCAUUCUUUAGCUUGGGGAAUACCUGCUGCUACUACAAGUAUUGGCUUAUCUAUAUUAUACAUACCAAAUGCUAAAUGUCAUAACAUAACAUCAAUUUCAACUGCUUUCUUAAGAAUACUACCUAAUUACUGUGCAACAUAUUUGCCUAUUGCAAUGGUAAUGGUAGUGAACCCCAUUAUAUAUAUAAUGGCAAGUAAAAAGAUUGAGAUGGCUGUAGCGCUUCCUUUAGCACAGUUUACAAGUAAAGAGAGAAGAGUUGUGGAUACGCUAAGGCUAAAAUUUUUCCUAAUAAAUGCUGUAUUCUAUGUAUGUUGGUUGCCCAAUCUUGUCAAUGGCGUCUUGGUGUGGACGAUGUGGUUUAACAUGCCUGUUAAAGUUAUUAUUACUAUAUGGUAUAUCAUGGCUCUAUUAAACCCCAUGCAAGCUUUACUCAACGCUAUGGUGUACAGAAAAUGGAGUCCUAUAGAAAGAAAACUGAGACCGAUGCUUGCAAGUGCCCACAAAGACUUCAAUCUCCAAGACGAACAGUCUCCAUUGCUAGGAUCGGAACCGCCGCGCUUGCCGCUCUCAGCGAUACCGCCCGCCAUAAACAACUAUGCGACAUUG